AUGCCAGUGAAGACGGGUUUGCUUGGCGUUCCUGAUGUGCCAUAUCCAACGACAACAGCGAACUCAUUGUUCGACGGUAUUCUUGUAUUGUUGACAGUAGAUGGCAGACAAAUGUAUGGCGUCGAGGGUGGUACAGUAGCCAAUUUGAGUAGAGCCAAAUCAGCGUACAACUCUUUACUACGUCGAAAAUCGCCUCACAACCAUAAUUCAUUACAAAAACUUCGAUCUGAAAAAAUUAAUGUGAAAUUAAAAGUCAAAUUAUGUGAAGCAGGAAUGACUGUAAAGGCACAACUUCUAAAACUACAUCUGUAAAAGAAAAGAAGACUUACUAUGAAACUGACCGAAAAUAUUUUUCCUUCAUGUGCUCUAUACAAUUUCAAACAGCCGAUAAAUACUGCCGUUUCUCAUAGAUCAUGUUUAGAUAAAAUUCUAUAUUCUUGGAAUCAAUGUACACCAUCACAGCACUCUAUACAAUUAAUAAUCGGCAUCAUUUUUCCCUAAUUGUACCGUCGAUUAGGAGUCGUAGAUCUUAUAACUACCGAACCACUAUCUCUCAUCCAACCAAACAAAUGAAUUAUUUGGUGCUAUUUUCGACAGUUGCAGACAACUUCAAAAAGUUCUACUAUCAAAAGAGUAAAUUGGUGUAAUCGAAUUAAAAAUGUGGAAAGUAAAACAGACAAACGGGGAUAAUUUGUCUUUCUAGAGCGUGUGGGAAGAAAAGAUUUCAUCAAUUAUUCUGUAAAUAUUUAGCAUCUACCCGUCGGAUUAGGCUGAUAUCGAUAGAAAAGAUCUAAGGCCUCUUAUGUACUGUCGCAAAUACAGAAUAGAAACGGAAACAGGUGUAACUAUUUAAAUGUUGACACUUACUUAUUUGUUUUAGAAUCCACGUGAUAUAACUGGCCACUCUAGUGUAGACACCUGGUUUUCCUGCACCACCA